GCGCGGCUGCCGCCCCUGCAGCCGCGGCCGCCACAGCCGCCGGGAGCUCGAUGGGCUUCUGCGCGCCGUCCGGUAUCUGGCUGAGUCGGGCGAGCCGUGGCGCCUCGUGCCGGGGAGCCAUUGCCGCAGCCCGAAGCCAGGUCCCGAGUGAGGGACUGCAGGAAGAGGCGACGGCGUCGGCCGCGGGAGCCCCCCCGGGGGUCUGGGACUGGCGAACCGCCUCCGGCUUCACGAUGCCAGUAUGGACAGAAUAGCUUAUGAUGCUUAUCCACACCCACCACUUUCGAGACAUUGAGCGCAAGCCGGAAUACCUCCAGCCGGAGAAGUGUGUCCCACCUCCCUACCCUGGUCCUGUGGGAACCAUGUGGUUUAUCCGCGACAGCUGUGGCAUCGCCUGUGCCAUCGUCACCUGGUUUCUGGUCCUCUAUGCAGAGUUUGUGGUCCUCUUUGUCAUGCUGAUUCCAUCCAGAGACUAUGUAUACAGCAUCAUCAACGGAAUUGUAUUCAACCUGUUGGCCUUCUUGGCCCUGGCCUCCCACUGCCGGGCCAUGCUGACGGACCCCGGGGCAGUGCCCAAAGGAAAUGCCACUAAAGAAUUUAUCGAGAGUUUACAGUUGAAGCCUGGGCAGGUGGUAUACAAGUGUCCCAAAUGCUGCAGCAUCAAGCCCGACAGAGCCCACCACUGCAGUGUUUGUAAGCGGUGCAUUCGCAAGAUGGACCACCACUGCCCUUGGGUCAAUAAUUGUGUCGGCGAGAACAACCAGAAGUACUUCGUCCUGUUUACAAUGUACAUAGCUCUCAUUUCCUUGCACGCCCUCAUCAUGGUGGGAUUCCACUUCCUGCAUUGCUUUGAAGAAGAUUGGACAAAGUGCAGCUCCUUCUCACCGCCCACCACAGUGAUCCUCCUCAUCCUGCUGUGCUUUGAGGCGCUGCUCUUCCUCAUUUUCACAUCAGUGAUGUUUGGGACCCAAGUGCACUCCAUCUGCACGGAUGAGACGGGCAUCGAGCGCCUCAAACGAAAGAAUCAGCCCAGGGAGCACAGGGCCAACUGGAGGUCGGUGAAAGACACCUGUGGUGGGGACUUCUCCCUGAACUGGUUCAACCCCUUCUCCAGACCAUGGCAGCCAGAGAUGCCCAGUGACAAGGACUUGGUGCGGCAGGUAUCAUCACUGUCAGAUGUAGAGAGCACCCAAACGACAGAGGAGCAUUCAGAAGAGAUAAAGGACGAGGACUCUAUUGAGGUGCUAGAUGAAUAGGUGUUGUGGGAGACAACCAAACACUUAAAGUGGCUACUAAACCGUGUUCGGGGGUUUUGGUUAAUGUCCUCCCCAGAACCUCCUGACACUUCUCCCAGGCUACUUGCCUGGUCUUACCAUCCCAGUGACCCCCCUCCUUCCUCUCUCGAUGUUGGGAUAGACAGGGGACAGUGAAGAAGGUAGGGACUUCUCUGAGUUCGCCUAGGCAGAAUGCCCAGAGAGGGGUGUCAGGUCUCAUUCUCCAAUCUGGGGGGCUUUCACAGCUACUGCCCUCAAAGAAAGCUCCAAACAGGGCAGCCCAAGAACUCAUUUCUGGCUUUCAUGGGGAUGCUGUCAUCUUUUGGGAAGGUUGGGGCCCUGGCUCCUGGCUAGUGAUGGAAGGGCAGGACAGGGCUGGCUUUGGGGACCUGAGGUGGAGUACUGAUGUCAGGAGAACCUACCUACAGCUGCUCUCUGGAAGGAUUUUCCCCACUCCCUGCCUAAAUUAAGAGAAAGGUGUGGCUGUCACAUCUGCUCUCAAGACCUCAGGCUUGAGGGCUGGGGAUAUAGCUCAGUUGGUAGAAUGCUUGCCUCACAUGCACAAGGCCCUGGGUUCAAUCCCCAUCACCACCAAAAAAAAAAAAAAAAAAAAAAAGACCUCAGGCUUGGCUUGAAAGACAACCCUGCAUGCACAUGCAUGCAUGUGCAGGAACUGCCCCAGGAUGGAAGUAAGCCUGGGUUUUGACAUUAGCAUCAAAACUUAGUUCUGUUCCAUAGACAAUAGAAUGUUCCUCCAAAUAGCUUGGAGCUGCCCUGCCUCGUGUCUCCUCCAUUCACAGGAGAGACAUGGGAAGGACCUGUCAUUUAACUUUCCCUCCUGGGGGGAGCCUAAUACCAAAACACUCAUGGGCAGAAAUGACCAGAAAUUCUACCUGUGUUUUGGGCCAGUUCUCCCAAGGUGGUACCUAUCCUGACUCUCAGACAGAAUGAUAGUGGCCCGGGCCUGCAGACUGAUGAUGAACCUAGGAGACAGACACCCCCACCCACUACGUUCUGCCAGGAUGAACCUGGAUGUAGUGAGCCCCCAUGAAGCCUGGGGCAUCUGGCCAUUAGUGAAGGUCUGAGCAGGCCCUCUGCUGAGAAGCCCCAUUGUAGUGGUUUCUGAAGCAACAGCUACUGCAAAGUCUAACUCAAGGGUCCCUAUCCCCAUCAGAUAUGAAAAACACCCUGCUCUCCAACUCCUAGCUUGGCCUUUGUUCCUACCCAUUUCCCUGGUAUAGUCUGGCCCCAAGAUGGGGGGAGAUGAGGCAGAACGUGCCCUUGUAAGGUCUCCAUGUCAGGGCCCCCCUCCUAGCUAUAGGUGAAAGGGCAUGAGUCCCAGCCCAAAGGGACCUGUGGCCCCAGAUGAGUGGGGAAGAAAGUCACUAUUUGGAGAUACAGCCUCAGGACACUGAGAAAGGAAGGCUAGCCAAGAAUGGUCUUGUUCUUGGACAGCAUCCUUGGGUGAUCCCUAGAGGGAGGGGAUCCAUCAGAGAAUCCUCUGUCUACACCUAAUGCCCCACCAGGCUCUGCAGUGAAUUGCCCAGAGGGGCCGGUUCACAAAGCCCCCUCUAUCCUAACCCUCACUCACAGCUCUCCAGCUAUAUUCCAUGAGUGAGUGACAGUCGGACUCUAGUGUAGAAGGACCCGGAAGGUGUUGGCCUUCCACAGCCAGGCUGAAGGCCUGUUUUCUUGGUCCAGGUCAGCUUUCACAUUGAUUAAUGCCAAUGCACCAGUGACACAGUGGCUUUUUUCCACGGUGGCUACUGACACGUAACGUUCUGCUUAGCCCCAAACUGAAAGCACUACACCUGACAUCCAAGCGAGACACGGUUUUUCAGGGAGGGAGCCGGGGUGCAAACCUUCACCUCUUUGAAUAAAAAGCUCUGUGCUCGA